AUGAACCAGACGCCUGGUGGACAGCCGGGCGUAUUUCAGAAUAUAGUAUAUCCCGAGAAAAAGCUUUUCCGGGAAGAGUUACGGCAAUAUUUUGCGCCAUCACGAAAGACAAGUACUCAGACAGCAAGUGAAGUACCAUCUAUGGAAACAGCAUCGUUCCAUUCAGCAAUGUCGAAAACUAUUCCGUUAGAGAAAUGCUUGUUAUCUGUACGUCCUUUGACCGAUGCCUAUGGCGAAUAUCUUAAUCACUUCAAUGUCGCCAGUAGAGCAAAAUGCGGCGAAGCAGCCUGCAAGUUCGGAGCACCUGGAGAGGUCGCUCAGUGGGUUGAUGCGAGGACUUUCAAUGUAUUUCAGGCACAAGAAGGCAUAUCCUCAGUUCAUCUCACUCUGUUAGCUGCUACUGCAGUUAAGGGUUCCCAAAAAGCUCAACCGAUAAUGGAGCCUCUUUCGGGCGAGGCAGUCUUUGAACCUCAAGCCAUGGAUGUUCAACCGAAAACGCAAGACCGAAAAUUUGUUAUUAAUGGCUCAGUUGGAAGCACAAUGGAG